AGAAAAUAAAUGAAUUUAAUCCAUUUUGGAAUAAGGCUGUAACAUUAAAAAUGUGGAAAAAGUAAAGCGCUAUGAAUACUUUACGGAUGCACUGUAUCUGCUAGCCAGUCAAGCAAGAGAGCACCAGUCCUUACUGCAUACUCUCAUCCAGUACCUCACAGUAUGAUGCAGGGGCAUGAAGGAAAAGUUAGUGAAUGAAUAGGCAGAGGUGGCCUGUUGCCUGAAAAUGUAUAUCUGCUAGCGUCUGUUCGCAUGCACAAUGUGGGAAGUGAACUACAGUUUAACUUGUCGCAAAACAUAAUGGCCAAAAUCACAUAAGAUGCCACGAUGAAGCCAAACUGUUGUUGUGUGAAACGCCAGAGGAAGCUAGCAUCAAAUGGGGACGUAGCGAACUGUAAAAUGGGAACAUGAAGGAACAUUCAAAAAGCAACUCAUAUAAACACCUUAAUCAUAUUAUUGUCUUACUCAGAUUAAGGCAAAUAAUUUGAUUACUGAUGUCCAUGUAAACGUAGUUGAUGCCCAUGCCAGAGAAUACUCUUUCUAGAUUAUGACCAUUUUUUCCUCCUUCCUUAACUCAUCUUUCCCUGUUUCUUCUGCUCUCCUUCAAUUAGCAUUGCGUUUGCAUGUCAGCUUGUAAGGUCAGAAUCUAGAAUUCAUUACUCAGGGGUUGAUUUGCCUGUCACGUAAACAGAGUAAAUCCACACCCAGUAGCACGAUCCUGCAUCGGCAGACAGGAGAGCCAGGCAACCAAAGGCACCAUGCUCUCCAUGUUUUCAGGAAAGUUAUGUCAGUUUCUCAGUGUAACCCGGUUACCUUCUAUCCUUUUUCUUGGAGUUUUUUAUGUCGCUUAUGUUCUUGUCGGAGGGCUGGUAUUCUGGAAGCUAGAAGGAUGGUAUGUGUUGCAACAGAUUGCUCUUUUGAAAGAGAAAAGACUGGAACUGCUUGAGAAGUACCCCUGUCUGGGUCAGAAUGGCCUCAGUGAACUAGCACAGAUGAUCAAAUCUGCUUCCCUGAGAGGCUUGAGUCCAGACAGCAAUGACACUGCAGAUGGCCUCUGGAAAUUUACCAGUUCAUCUGUGUUUGCGGCGACAGUGGUCACAACUAUUGGCUAUGGGAAUAUAGUUCCGCUGACAACAGCUGGUCAAAUAUUCUGUGUGAUGUUUGCUCUUUUCGGCAUUCCUCUGAAUGUUGUAGUCUUGAACAGAGUUGGGAAAUACAUGCUGGCAAUUGAAAGACAUUUUUGCAAUUUUCUGGAGAAAAAAAUUGAUAGAGGGAAAUGUGUACGGAUAUCAAUUCAUAGUAUAUCCUUUGUGAGUUCAGCAUUCUUGUACCUUGUGGUUCCUAUGCUGCUUUUUAAAGAGUAUGAGGGAUGGAGUUAUGCUGAAGCCAUUUAUUACUGCUUCAUAACACUCAGCACUAUUGGAUUUGGAGAUUACGUUGCAGAUCACAACCCAGCAAUAAAUUACCCUGAGUGGUACAGCUGUUUGAUGGCUGUCUGGAUAUUCUUUGGCCUGGCUUGGCUUGCGCUUCUUGUCAAUCACACUAUUGAUUUACUGGAAAGUCUGAACGCUUACCUGAGAGGAAGGCAGAAUGGACAAUCACAAAUGAAUGAGACUGAAGAAAAGCCAGAAAAAGAACGGAUAGGGGAAGAAACAUGAGAAGUAAGUUACGGAAAAAGGAAAACUUUUGACGGACGAUUAGUACUGGAACUAUUGAUUAAUUAAAUGGUUUAAAUAAUUGUCUUGACCCCAAAAUGAGCUAAAAAAAUUGCAAAUUUAUGAUUUACACAGUCAUAUAAUUGAAUCAAUUGUCUGGCUAAACAUUUUUGUUUUGCACCACAAAUCCCCAUAAGUCUCACAAUAGGGAAAGAAGUUUAGUGUUGUAUAUACUUUUUAUUACUCACAAUAAUAAUUUUAAAUAUUUAAAUAUAAUUUAAGGAUAUUAAACUGGCAAGCCAGGUUCAUUUUGAUCAUAUAAUUGUAAGUGAUAGAGAGGUUUAGAUUGUAUAAAAGGAAAUUUCUAUUGUUGAUUUUUGCUGUUCUGUAUGUUAACGUUUGAUUCUCCAGUCGUAUGACAACUCAUACUUUUCAAUCAAAACACUUUUGAUACUCAAUUUACCUGUAAUAUGUGAAUCUAAAAUAAACUGAUAACAUUUGACAAUUUG